AUGCCCAGACAUAUUCGCCCACUCUUGCUGCUGCUGCUGCUGCUGCACACACCAGCCAGCAUCUACGGCAGCAGCAGCCGCAACAGCAACAGCAGCAGCAGCAGCAGCACUGACGUAUCUCUGUCUCUUGUGAAGGCCUCAACAAGGCUCGAGGGCAAGGGCUUCCACCGCGUCUUCGAGUCUCGCAUUUUGCUGCAGCAGCAGCCUAAUGCAAGAACAGCAGCAUCAGCAGCAGCAGGAGAGAAGGAUGCAGCUGAGGAGUGUCUUCUUUCGCUUGAGUAUCGUCUGCCGCAGCAGCUCUUCGCUGACCCCGAUCAAACAUACGAGUUGGGGGCCCCAGACAGGCACGGCAGGGUAAUAAGUACGGGGGCCCCCGGGGGCCCCCUUCUGCUUCAAGCCACCACUAUAUUCAAACCCUCUUGCCAAGGGGGCCCCCGGGGGGCCCCCCAAGGGGGCUCCUGCAUGCAGGGCCCCGUGAUGGUUGAUGUAGAGCUCCCUAGCUACUCCCCGAGGCUGGGGCCCCCUCCUGUUGUACGGCAGGAGGUGCACAUACACCCGAAAAUGCUAGAAGGGGGGGCCCCCGGAAGCACUCACGAAGUGAUGGUGCAGCUGCCUGUACACCUGAGGUAUGGGGCCCCCUGCAGCGGCAGCAGCUGCAACGGCCUGCUGCGGGAAGCUGCUGCAGCUCCGCUAGUGGGGCUGUCUUGUAGGGGGAGGGAGAAGCAGCAGCAAACUGCGACUGCCGCCCCAGCAGCAGCAGCAGCAGCAGCAAGAGGAGCAGCAGCAGAAGCAGCAGCAGUGGAGUUCUUUGUCCCUGUAGGCCAGACAGCACAUUGGGGGCUGAGCGCAGCAGUAACUGCAGCAGCAAUGACCUUCAGUAUAAUUGCUGUUGUCUUUGCUUUAGCUGCCUGA